AUGGCGAGUGUCGCGGACAGUGCCGUGACGUUCGCUAGCAAAGCUAGGCAAUACGGGUUGAGCCAGGAUGUGAUUGACAGUUUGUCUGCGGCUGGCAUCAAGACUUACUCUGCUCUGCUUUUUGCCGUGGCGAGUGCGCCCGGGGCAGUGGACGAGGCCAGGCUUAAGGCGGCCAAGGAUAAGCAUCUGGGCGCUGGUGCUUCUGAAGGUGUCGUUGCGGCUUUUUCGCGACUCCUCUUUGAAGCCGGGACCUUCGUGGUCGCCGAGCUUAGGAGUUCGGUGGCCGGCGAGGACGAUGGCUCCAAGAAACUCACCUCUCAGGAAAGAGCCAGCCGCAUGGAUGCAUUGCGUGCCAAAUUAGGAGCGUGGCCUAUCACUGGCUCUUUUGAGCCGAGCCACGUUCUGAUUGAUGCCGCUUUCGGGAUGGUCGCUGAUAGUUCUGUGCGGUACUUGCCGCCCAGCAAGUGCAGCUCUCGGGAACAGGAAAUCCUUUCAGAACGGCGUGACGACACCUUGUUCCGCCUUGAGGCCACUGCCCUGAAAGCUGCCAAGAAGCCUGUUCUGCCUAAGGUUGACCUUGGCAAUGAACUCAGGUUGUAUCAGGCACUGAGCCGACGCGGUGUUGCCCUGGAGGUUGCUGGUGUCUGUUCUUUUGCUGUGCAUGAGAACUACGUGCGUGGUCUUCUUGAUCACCUGCAACGCCUGCCCCCUGCUGGGUACUCUGCUCCUGGCAUUGAUUCUGUUUUGGCUGCUGAUCGUGCCGUCUGGCAGCACGUUGCGGCUCAGGUGCCUUGCCUGCCCACUGUGGAUGCUGCCACUAAGGUUGACGUUGCCCUGCUUGCUGCCGCUGGGACUCCUGCUGUUGCUUUUCAUGUCAUGCCCCGGGAGAAGAAACGGGCACUUGAUGAUGGCAAGACGCCACCAGGCAAGACUGGGAAAGGCGACGGCGGCAAGGACAAGGGUCCUGGCAAGGGCAAGGACAAAGGGGGCAGGGGCAAAGGUGGAAAGCAAUCCACCGGUGGCAAAGCCGGGUCACCUUCCAAGCAGACUGCGGUUCCUGCUGCCCUGAAGGGUUUGGACCCUAACAAGGAUGGCACUCCUUUGUGCUUUGAUCGCAAUUUGGCCCAUGGUUGCAAGCGCGAGACCUGGCAGACUCCCGCCGGGUCGCUGCUCCCUCUGUGGAUUGUCUCCUGGAGGCUCAGCAAGUGCUUGAAGGCAUCAGGUUUCGAGACCGUUGCUGUUGAUGUGAAGGUGGGCCACGGCCUUUGCGUGAUGCUGCACACCCUGAUGGUCUGGCUGCCUGAUGGCACCUGGAGCACCAAGGCUGAGGCUGCCUAUCCUUUGCCUCUGUGCCGAUUCUGGGCACAUCUUCUUCAGAAGCACUGGGAAUCUGAGUUGUCGGCGCGCCUGGCACCGUCUGCUGUCAACUGGUCGGGGCCCGCACGCCUUUUUGAGACGAGACGGGCACUUGGCCUUUUCCCCAGGGGUCGGCAUCCCGGUGAGCUGCGUAAUCCCUUUAGUGAUAAGGUUGCGCUGAGGCUGCCGCUGAGCACUGCUGUGCACUUGUUGGUGCCUGGUUCUGUUGCACAGAUCGCGGGUGCUCCCAAAGGUUGUAAGGUUCUUUCCUGUGUGAAGGAAACCUCGUCUUGGCUUGUUGAGGUUGGUGUUCCGUGCGAGCCUGAGGCCUUCAUGCAGUCUGCUGCCUCGUUUCGGCAUCCUUCUGAGUGCGAUGUAGAGUUGCCUGCUGACCUGGAGGAGACGCUGUCAGCUGUGUCGCGCAUGAGUUGUGCAGAGUUGGCGCGUCGCAGGUGCCGUUUCCUGCACAGCAUCCUCCAGAGGUCGCAUGAGUUGUCACAGCGUGAAGCUUCCUUGCAUUCAGGUUUGGCACCGCAUGCUAAGGCUGUGUUGCGCGGCAAACGCCUUCUGCUGCUGGAGGAGCUGCUGUCCAGCCUCGGGCAUGAGGAUACCCGGCUGGUGUCUGACAUCUGUUCAGGGUUUAAGCUCACGGGCUGGCUCGCUCCUAGUGGCGUCAUGGAGCCGAAGAUCACUGCGCCCUCUGAGUCUGCUGCGAACCUCUGGCGGCAACGCUUUGAUCUGAACGCUAAGGCAUGGUCUCAGACCACUUCCACAGCGUCUCCUGAGCUCGACCGCUCGUUGUGGGACACUACUGUUAAGGACGCUUCCAGUGGUUGGGCCAUGCUGUUGCCGCCCUCUGCUGGGCCACCUGCUGAUGUUCUGCUGAGCCGCAGGUUUGCAGUGGUCCAGGGUGAUAAGGUCAGGGGUGUGGACGACUUCAGCUUCAAUGGGCUGAAUGAUACCCUUGGCACUUGCGAGAAGGUGACCACCAUGUCGACUGCGCACACAGUCGCACUUGGCUUACGUCUGCUCAGGAUCGCCAAAGCCCGCGGCAUGCGCCUCUUAGGUCGAUGCUUUGACCUGAAGAGUGCUUAUCGGCAGCUGCCGAUUCACCUUGAUGACCUGCCUUACGCUGCUGUGACAGUGUGGUCACCUGCGGACCACGCCGUCCGGGUGCUGCAAAUGUUUGCACUUCCUUUCGGUGCUGGGGGUAGUGUUCCGGGCUUUGUUCGAGUUUCUUUGGCGCUGUGGCGCAUUUUGUGUCGCCUAGCGCUGGUGCCUGCAACCAUGUUUUUUGAUGACUACACCUGUAUUGUGUUGGAAUCUGACGCUGUCAACGCUGAGGCCUCUGUGCACAUGCUGUUUCGCAUUCUUGGCUGGCGACUGGCGCUGGAAGGCGACAAGGCUGUGUCCUUCGCGCAGGCUUUCCAGUCGCUUGGUGUCGUGUUCUUGCUGACACCUGGCGUUGACUGCAGCCUGUCUGUUUCCAACACUGAGGCAAGGAAAGCUGAGGUUGCUGCUUGGUGCCUUGAGAAGCUUAGGUCUGGCCAGGCAACUCCCAAGGAGUGUGAGCAGUUUGCCAGCCGAGUGCGUUGGCUGUCCGGACAGGUUUUUGGACGCACUGCCGGCUCUGCCCUUCGUGUCUUGCUGUCUGCUGGAAGGGCCAGCAAGCCCCACACUUUGCGAGAGUUGAAACCUGAGCUGUUGUGGGCGAUCAGGUGGAUCCUUGACCACAUUCCGAAGGGUGAUCCCAAGGUUUGGUCACUUGCCAGCCGCAAGAAGCUGCAUCUGUUCACUGAUGGGGCCUUUGAAAACGGCACUGCUUCCAUUGGGGGAGUCCUUUGUGACGGCUGGUGUCAGCCCCUCAGCUGGUUCGGGUGUGAAGUACCUGACUCUGUCACUGCGUGCUGGCUUGCCAAUGACUCAGAGCACCCCAUCAUACAGGCUGAGCUGCUUGCUGUUGCUGCAUCAGUUUUGUGUUGGAGUCUUGAGCUGCGCGAUUCCAACACCUGUGCCUGGGUCGACAAUGAAGUCGUUAGGUUUGGGGUUAUUAAUGGUUUUGUCAGGCCGGACAGUGCGAUGUGUAUUCUCGAGCGCAUGCUGCGCUCAGAAGCUUCUCUCGGCAUCCAGCUGUGGGUCUGCCGCGUGCCAUCGCACAGUAAUCCGGCUGACGGUCCCAGCCGUGGCUUGUGCCCAGCUUUUCUUUCUAAGGCCAAGGAAGUGAAAGUUGACGUGGGGGCUUUGGUCUCCUUGGCCAGCGGCCGUUAA